AAUUAUGGGCAUUCAUCCGCAAGAUUAAACGUCGUCCUUGUUCACCCUCUCUGUUCGUGUGAUCAGGUUGUCAGAGAUGCGUCAUAGCUUGUGAGAUCUAAAACAAAUAUUUCUCUCACAAGUUUUGAGAAUCAUUUUCAAUUACAAAUUACAAACUCAGGAGUGCACAUGAAAUCCAGGAAAACAAUAUUAAUAUAGGGAUGGUGGGAGUCAAAAAUCAUUUUGCUUUGCUUCAUACAUACUGGUCAGCUUCGACCGUUUCUUGCAAAAUCUCGCAGAUGGUCAAAGCUUACAUCAUUUCGUAAUAUAUAUACAGUAUAAAACAAAUCCGAUGAUAGCCGUACCAUACAAUCAAAUCUCUUCAUCUAAGCUCUCCACUUUCCACUUUCUUUCUACUUCUCCUUUCCCUCACUCACAGGCUCACAUUUCAAUCUCAGAUCCAAAGAAAAAUCCCAGGCCACCAGAAAGAGGGGAAAGAAGAAACAGGGAAGAAAAUGCCAAAACUCUCUAGCACCCUCUAUCUGUGUCUACGUUUUCUUGUUUUCAUGAUCACAUUUUCGAAGCUGUUGUUUGCUGCAAACUCUAGAACAUAUCCAGCUGAUGUACAAGUACUCAAAGAUCUGAAACAUGGGGUGGACCACCUGUCCAUUGCUCCCGGAUCUUGCUUGACCUCAUGGGAUUUUUCCUUGGACCCAUGUGAUAACAUCUUCACAGAGCAUUUUACUUGCGGGCUCAGGUGCGAUAGAGUCGUCUCUGGUUAUGCUCGAGUCACUGAGAUCACCAUUGACCCUGUUGGUUACUCUGGUUCACUCACCUCAACUUCAUGGAACCUCCCUUAUCUACAGACCUUGGACAUCUCGGACAACUUGUUCUGUGGGUCAAUUCCUGACUCCCUCUCCAACUUAACUCGUUUGCGUCGACUUGGUCUGUCUAGGAACUCACUCUCUGGUGAAAUACCCAUCAUUCUUGGCUCCCUCUCUCACCUUGAAGAACUCUACCUUGAUAGCAACCAUCUCCAUGGACCCAUUCCUUCAAGCUUCAACAAUCUAACAAGCCUGAGACGACUUGAAAUCCAACAAAACGAUAUCUCAGGUGAGUUUCCCGAUCUGGGUUCACUCAAAAACCUUUACUUCCUAGAUGCUAGUGAUAACAAUAUAUCCGCUGGAGUCCCUGCAACACUGCCAGCAUCUCUUGUCGAGCUCUCAAUUCGAAACAAUAAACUAGGAGGAAAUAUUCCAGAUAACAUCGAGAAUAUGAGGUUUUUGCAAGUUCUAGAUCUCAGUCACAACAUAUUAUCCGGAGCAAUAUUAUCAGUUCUUUUUUACCAUCCGUCCCUGGAACAGCUUACUCUUUCUUACAACAACUUUUCAUAUUUAGAAGUACCUGGUGACAUGGGGUUAAACAGUAACUUAAUAGCUCUUGAUUUAAGCUACAACAAGCUUCAAGGUUUCUUGCCAGCUUUCAUGGCUUCGAUGCCAAAGCUUGCAGCUUUAUCUUUGGAGCAUAACAAGUUCACAGGUAUGAUACCGGCUCAGUAUGCACUCAAAGCUGCUAUAUCCGGGACCAAUGCUUCGUCUUUUGAGAGGCUGUUGCUGGGUGGGAAUUACUUGUUCGGGCCAAUUCCAGGACCUUUGCUUGGUCUCAAACCGGGUUCUGCUCAAGUCAGCCUGGCGGAUAAUUGCUUGUAUCGGUGUCCUGACGCUUUCUUCUUCUGCCAAGGUGGGGAUCAGAAAUCCUUGGUGGAUUGUAAGAGCUUUGGGCCUGCAAUUCCUUAGAAACAAAGUAACCCUGAAUUGUAUUAUAGUAAUAACAUUAUUCCCUAGUUUGUCUUUACCUAUAUUUUUAGUGCGAAAGGUUACAAGUUUGAGAGAAACAGCAGAAAAUUUACUAUGUUGUUUAAGAGAUUAGCUUUCCAGUUUUAUUCUUUUUUUUUUUCCCUCCUUCGAUUUUUGACAAUUCUAGAUGGUGAACAAACCAAUCUUGCUCAGGCGUCGAUUGAAAGUUUCAAGGCUUAUAGUUCAAAAGCGACCCAAAGAGAAACUACAAAACUGGAGUAAAUUGCCCUGGGGCUUGUGCACUUGCAGGUUGCAGGUUCGCCUUUGUGUUUCACAAAAGCAUUGUCUUGGAAAGGAGAAAAGCAAUGACUUCGCUUAUUAUUGUAGAAUUGCUGUUACUAUUCUACUAAUUCCGCCACCUGGUGUUGAUUCUUUUGCUCGCAAAGUGCACAUUGGAAACUGCGCACCAUCGUCAGAAAGAAAGGGAAACCAUGUUUACUUGAAUAUUUUCCCACCGGCUAACGACGAUAGUGCUGAUACGCUGAGAUUUCUCAUGUGAAUUGGUCUAAGCCAUCCCCCGCAGGCAUGCAUUGACAUCAUUGUUUUUUAGAACGAAACUGAAGGUUAUUACAAGCAAGGUUUUCAUUUUUCAAGCCAACAGCAGUACUAUAUAAUAAUAAGAUGACUUCCAAAUUAUGGAUGUAUUAAAGGUAAUUUUUCUCAAUAUUGUAUUAAUCAUGUUCAUAAAUUUCUUCAUCAAUUCUGAUAUAAUUUCAUGUUCUCUCUCCUCGGAGGGAUCUCCAUAUGAUUCCCUCUCUUCAAUGCAAAUCAAUAUUUGUUGUCGACAAAUAAUAUUAUGGAUUUAUAUUUGACAUAUU